AUGUGUGGAUUCGUCAAAGAAGGUAUGAGAGGUGGUUCUCAAUUUCUUCAUCGGAGACAACCAAGCAACAAACUCGGUUUCACCAUGGGUAAAGAGAAGGUUCACAUCAACAUUGUUGUCAUCGGUCAUGUCGACUCCGGAAAAUCAACCACCACCGGCCACUUAAUCUACAAGCUAGGAGGCAUCGACAAGCGUGUGAUCGAAAGAUUCGAGAAAGAAGCUGCUGAGAUGAACAAACGUUCCUUCAAAUACGCAUGGGUCCUCGACAAACUCAAAGCUGAACGCGAACGUGGCAUCACCAUCGACAUCGCUUUAUGGAAAUUCGAAACAAACAAGUACUACUGCACAGUCAUCGACGCCCCUGGCCACCGUGACUUCAUCAAGAACAUGAUCACCGGAACCUCUCAAGCCGAUUGCGCUGUCCUCAUCAUCGACUCCACCACCGGUGGGUUUGAAGCUGGAAUUUCCAAAGAUGGCCAGACCCGUGAACACGCCCUUUUAGCGUUCACACUCGGUGUGAGGCAAAUGAUCUGCUGUUGCAACAAGAUGGAUGCCACUACUCCGAAAUACUCCAAAGCUAGAUACGAUGAAAUCGUUAAAGAAGUUUCUUCAUACUUGAAGAAAGUCGGGUACAACCCGGAGAAGAUUCCAUUCGUUCCAAUCUCCGGUUUCGAAGGCGACAACAUGAUCGAAAGGUCAACAAAUCUUGACUGGUACAAGGGCCCCACUCUCCUCGAAGCACUCGACCAACUCAACGAACCAAAGCGCCCAUCCGACAAACCCCUCCGUCUCCCCCUCCAAGACGUUUACAAAAUCGGCGGAAUUGGAACUGUUCCAGUGGGUCGGGUCGAAACCGGUGUUAUUAAACCGGGUAUGGUAGUCACCUUCGGUCCAACCGGACUUACCACUGAAGUCAAGUCGGUUGAAAUGCACCAUGAGGCGCUGGUGGAAGCUUUACCCGGUGAUAAUGUCGGGUUCAAUGUGAAAAACGUGGCUGUGAAGGAUUUGAAACGUGGGUAUGUUGCUUCGAAUUCGAAAGAUGACCCGGCUAAGGGCGCGGCUAAUUUUACUGCUCAGGUUAUUAUCAUGAACCACCCGGGUCAGAUUGGAAACGGGUAUGCACCGGUUCUUGAUUGUCAUACUUCUCAUAUUGCUGUGAAGUUUGCUGAGCUGUUGACUAAGAUUGACCGGAGGUCUGGUAAGGAGCUUGAGAAGGAACCUAAGUUUUUGAAAAACGGUGAUGCGGGAAUGGUGAAGAUGAUUCCGACUAAGCCGAUGGUGGUGGAGACUUUCUCGGAGUACCCUCCGUUGGGGCGGUUUGCGGUUAGGGAUAUGAGGCAGACGGUGGCUGUUGGUGUGAUUAAGAGUGUGGAUAAGAAGGAUCCGACCGGGGCUAAGAUUACUAAGGCGGCGGCUAAGAAAAAAUGAACCGCCGGUUCGUUUAUGGAUUUGGAUUUGGAUUUGAGAGUGAGUUUUGGUUUAUUGAUUUUGAGUGUUUUUAUGAUUUUGGAUUGCGUGUUUCCCUUUUGUUGUUGGUGUCAUCUGUUACCGCUGUUUCUUGGAACGGUGGUUCUGUUACGUUUCCGGGUUGAUACUUGGGUGCUUGACAGACGGUGGCACAAGUUAUGGUGGUUGGUUUGGUUGUGAUGGAGUCUUUUAUUUUCAUAUUUUGAUUUUGAUUUUGAUGAACAAUACAUUUGUGGGUUUUUAGUGACAAUAAUAAUUGGUUGUGUUUUAAUA